AUGGCCGACCCUGGGGCGCUUGUCACCACGCUUUCGACGUCGACCCAUGCCUUCCUACAGCCUUCGUCCUCUCUCCACUCUGAGGUCUUGGCCUAUGUGAAAUCGAUUCUCGACCCUUUGGCUGCCAAUGUGGCUACUGCGCAAAAGUUGCAGCGAGAGAGGAACAGGAAGAAGAGAAAGCGGAGUGAUGUAGACCGGGAAGAGGAGGUCUUGCAACUCCGUCAAGUUUACACAGAUGGCCUCGCGGUGAAGCAGGUGUGGGAGCAGACGAAAAGGAUCUUGGAUGCUUCCUGUAAAGAGACAGAGAGAGAUAUUGCUGUUCACAAAACUAGAGUGCAGGCAGAGUCGCAGGAGCAGAUUGCCAGCAAAGGCCUUGGGACGGAUGGAUUCGAGGCAGAAGAUGGGUCAGAAGAUGAAGACGAAGAUGAAUUGUCUGACUACGAGGACAUGCAGGGGGACGUGCUAGAGGACGAGUAUAGUGAUGAAGAGGACGGUGCAGAAGAGUUUGAUGAUCUCGAAGACAUCGAGGAUAUCGAGACAGAAGAUUCUACGUCGGAAGCCGGUCAGCAGGACCCUGGAACAUAUGUGCAAGAUCCAAAUGGCCUCAACGAUGGCUUUUUUUCCAUCGACGACUUCAACAAGCAGACCCAGUUUCUCGAACAGCAGGAUGUACGCGGUGAAGACGACAAUCCGAGCGACGAGGAUGAGAUCGAUUGGGAUGCAGAUCCUCUAACCAUGCCUUUCCAUAAACCGAAAGCGACUUCUGCCAGCCAGGCUGAGCAAAGGAAAGAACUCUCGGACGUCGAAGAAUCAGACGAAGAAGACGGCCCAACAUUUGGGAACGCCGACCUCAAUGCCGAAGAUAGCGAUGACGAUAUGAUGAGCCAGGACGAGGAGGCUCUCAACGAUGGGAUCGACGGCCUGCAAAAUACCAAUGAGAUUCGCUACGCCGACUUUUUCGCGCCGCCGCCCAAGAAACUAUCAAAGACAACCCGGAUGCGAGCACUACCGAAGACUCAACCGAUCAAACAACCCCGAGCACCGGAUGAAGACUUUGAGAGCGACAUGCAACGAGCAAUUUCAGAUGUUCGACGUGAUUUACUUGGGUCGGAUGAAGAAGGCUCUGAUUUGGAAUCUGGAAGUGAUAUGGAGGGCACACGCAGGUCAAGCCAGAACAUGUCCACCCAUGAAAAGCAGCGAGCCGUCAUCGCAGCUGAAAUCCGCCGCCUUGAGGCAGCCAACGUGGCCAAACGAGACUGGACUCUCUCGGGGGAGGCCCGCGCUGCAGACCGCCCUCUCAACUCUUUGAUCGAAGAAGACUUGGAGUUCGAGCGAGUUGGUAAGCCUGUGCCUGUGGUGACCGCCGAGGUCUCGGAAGACAUCGAACAGCUGAUCAAACGACGCAUCUUGGCCCGAGAAUUUGAUGAAGUUAUUCGCCGUCACCCCGACAGUUUAGGCGCUGCGAAUGAAACGCGCAGAGGACGGGUCGAAGUCGAUGACACGAAGCCUCAGUCUGGCCUCGCCGAAAUUUAUGAGCAAGACCAUCUUCGUGCUACAGAUCCAGGCUAUGUCGAUAAAAGAUCCGCGGCGACCAAGAAACAGCACGAAGAGAUCUCAAGGCUGUGGAAAGAGGUGUCAAGUCAACUGGAUCUACUGAGCAAUCUACAUUUCAAGCCCAAACGCGUGGAAGUAGAGAUCAAAAUAGUUGAAGACAAACCCACUAUCAGCAUGGAGGAUGCCAGGCCCGUCGGAAUGGGGGUCAAUGCGGAGGAGAGCAUGCUUGCACCUCAAGAGGUGUAUCGACCGGGUGAAGAGACGGACAAGAAGGGCAACCUGGUCGUUCGAAAAAGCGGUGCAAGCGUCAGCAAAGAGGAAAUGACACGAGAAGAGAAAUUGCGCCGGAGAAGAAGGGAGAAGGAGCGGAUGAAGAAAGCACACGGAAAUGCAUCGACUUCAGGGGUCGGUACGAGUGCUAAAGGUAGAGACGGCGAUGCCAGGAAGCCCAAAGCUAAAUCCAGAGAGCAAGAGAAGGCAGACAUCUUGUCUGAGCUGCGUAAAGGCAACGUCAAGGUUGUGGGAAAGAAGGGAGAAUUGCAGGACCUGGGCGGGAAGAAAGGGAACAAGGGAGGUGUCCCUGCCGGGGCGUUGGCAGGAGGGGCACUGAAGUUGUAG